AUGAAGCUCACAGCGGCAAUUUUGUCGCUCGCUCGGGCGGAUCUUUGGCCGGCAAAGUGGAAUCCUUCCGCCUCUCCAUCGACCUGUGGCGCUGAUGAUGCUGGAGAUCCGGAUAUCGGCGGAGCCUGUAUGGAGGGCACUGAUUGUUGCUUCGUUUGCCCAGAUCCUGGCAAAAAAGAAUACCGAGUUCCACUAAUUGAAUGCGGGGACAAAUUCGCUCCCAACGGAUGCGCUGGUCAAAAUGAACAAGGAUGCACUUGCACCGCUAUGACUUUCGAGGAACAGAUCGAACUCUUCUCAGCGGACUACAUCUUUGACGAUGAUCUUCGCGUCGACCCAAGUCCCCUGAACGACUGCAAGCAAACAGCAACUCACGACUGUGACACUCUCGGCGGCCAUGUUGAUUCAACCAAGACCUGUGCUUCUGCCAUGGCUAACAGCGUCCAGAACAAGGACGCCCGACCCAACGAUGGAAAGAGAAACAUCAUGCAGACAAACGACGGCUUUGCCACUCUCGCUGGAGCGCACCAGCACAUGACCUACCACAUCGAAGAGCCGCUCAAGGAUCAGGUUGGAAUUUCCAUCGAGCAGAUUUUCAAUGAUGUCUGCACUACUGGAAGCUCAGGGGACAUAAAAAACUGUCUUGCUCUUCAAGUUGAAUUGAACAAAGUCCAAGUUCGAAUCGACGGCCAAUUCGCUGCCCUUGACAAUGUUCUCGAAGAUCUUGAAAACAGAAACAACGCUCUUCUUUCCCUCCUUGCUAAGUUGGAAACAGAGGAAGUCGACAAGUGCCCUAACCGAGUCUGCCAGUGCGAGCCAGGAUACUACUGGGAUCCCGAUCAAGUCAAAUGCGUGAAAUGCAUCGGUGUCAUCGUCGAUGGAGUUUGCGAGGAAUGCCCGAAGGAUGAGUUCUUUGAUCCCGAGGUUGGGAAGUGUACCAGCUGCCGUCAUGGAUACGAACCCAUUUGGAUCAAUUUCCCAGAUGGACCCCAAUGCCACCCAGAGCAUAUCGGAGACCACGAUGAGUGCUGCCGCGAAUGUGAUCCCGAGGAAGAAGAUUGGAAUCCCGUCUUCGGUCGAUGUAUGCCAAAGAUCCGGGAGGCCUUUGGAACUGGAGUCGUCCUCCUUGUUGGCGGAAACGACAUUUAUCAGGAAACAACUGAUGCAAUCGUUUUCUGUCCUGGUGCAGUUGACGAAGAUGACAUGGAAUUCGUCGGAGAUGUCAUUGAUAACCAAGCCUACAAGUCAACCAUGAAAGCUCAUUCCGCCACUUUUAACCCCUUCUACUACAAUCAGACUGGAUUGAACAAUGCCUACUCAAGAUUGGUCUUUGGUGGUAUUGGCUCAGAAGAGGUCGUCAGAGCUUUUGUCGAUUCAGAGUACCAAGGAAAUAACCAAGGUCUUGCCGAACGACCAUUGGCCGCUUAUCUCCUCGAAGAAGGAGAAGAAGUAGACCCAGAUAUGUGGCACAUUCCAUCAAACGUCCAGCCUCGACAAAAUGGCGAGUCGGGAACCAUUACUGAAGUCGGUAAGAAACGACAUCGAGGAAUUUCCUGUCGACCUGAUACCGCUUGUUUCCCCGACAACUUCCUCAUCGGCGGUCAAAUCGAUGGAUCUCACGCUUCUCGAGCUCUUUACAGAUGGGAUAUCCGCGGCUUUGUUGACAAGGAUCCUGAUGCGUCGAAUGGUCACAUGGUCGCAUGGGACGCUGCUCCGCCACUGAUCGAAGGAAGACGAGAUUUUGCCGCAGUAGCCUUGGGAAGAAAUGAUCGAUUCUGCAAAAUGAUUCUCGUCUGUGGAGGAGAAGGGUCCAAACCCACUUCAGACCCGACUCCGAACUAUUUGAAAACUUGUGAAUGCUUGACAGCAGUCAACGGCGAAAAUGAAUGGGUGAAGUUUGCGCAUGACCUGCCUUACCCAACUAUUGGAUCAGAGCUCGUUGCUGUCCUCUCUCUCCCGACUGAAGAUAACCCCGACGCUCCUAUCGAAGAAGACAUCUACCACCUCGGCGGUGAUCAAGUCCGAAAUUCUGGCCCCGUCCCCACCAAUCUCAUUCGAAAGCUCACUGAUUCUGGCUGGCAAGAUAUCGCUACGAUGCACCACGCUCGAGGAUUCCACCGCUCCUGGGUCAGCUACGGAUGGGAUGCCGUCCCGAGUUAUGAGUUGCCUCUGAUUUUCUCUGUCGGAGGCGAUGGAACCUCAGUCAUGGAAUUAGAGGUUUUCGACGUCAACUCUCGCUACAGUGAUCCAUUGGAAGAUGAAGCUACUUUCGAUCAGCGAUUCGAUUUCGACAUCAUGGAAUUCGGCAACUGUCAGUUCGACCUCGACCAGCUUCCAUUCUACAAUGAUCCCUGCGCAGACUCUGAAUACUGUAUUGCGUAA